AAACGCACAUUGGGACCAUUUCUUUGUUUUGUUCUGCGGUUUUAUUUGCCUAAGUCCUGCUAGGUCCAACACAUUGGACCUUUUUUUUUUUCCCUCUUGUUCUUGUCUCGGUGGUGCGUUCAGGGCUUGGGAUCAUGGGAGUGCACGGACUUUGGAGACUCCUGGAGAGCACAGGGAAACCCAUCAACCCCGAGACACUGGAAGGAAAGAUCCUCGCUGUUGACAUCAGCAUAUGGCUGAACCAGGCGAUCAAAGGGGUGAGGGACCGUGAAGGCAACAGCGUCCAGAACGCCCACCUGCUCACCCUCUUCAACCGCAUCUGUAAGCUGCUCUUCUUCCGCAUUAGGCCGGUGUUUGUGUUCGAUGGGGAUGCUCCCAUGCUGAAGAAGCAGACCCUGGCUCUGAGGAGGCAGAGGAAAGAGGAGCUGACCAGUCAGUCCAAACAGACCAACGAGAAACUUCUGAGGACCUUCCUGAAGAGACAAGCUCUCAAGGCUGCACGUGGAGAUCAGAGUAAGGACCCUCUACCCAGCCUGUCCAGCGUGAGGAGAGAUGAAGUGGACGACAUGUACGUCCUGCCCGCCCUCCCCGCCUCAGAGGAGAAGGAAAACAGCAGCUCCUCCUCCGAGGAUGAGCAGGGGAAGGAGGGCGAGGAGAUGGUGGACACCUUCCAAACAUACCAGGAAGAGCUGUGCGAGAACCCCAACUCUGUGGACAUCAACUCGGAGGAUUUCGCCAGCCUGCCUCCUGAGAUGAAACACGAGAUCCUCAAAGAGAUGAAGGAGUUCUGCAAAAGGCGUCGCACCAUGUUUAACAAACCCCCCGAGCGUUCGGGAGACUUCUCGCAGUACCAACUGGCCGGCCUGCUGCAGAGGAACCGGCUCAACCAGCGUCUGGAGGGAGUUGAGAAGGAGAUGAGCCAGCGCAGCGCCGGCAGCGCGCCGCAGCUCGGCCAGCAGGACGGAGACCAGCCGGACCGCACCGUGGAGUCCAGCCGGCUGCUUUCAGAGGACUACUCGCACUAUAUACUCAUAAAAGGCUCCAAAAAAAACCAAGCAACCUCAGAGAGUCGACCUGCGGCCGCACCCUGGUCCGGGGGCUCCCUGUCGAGUCACAGGAAAAGGAAGGCGGACAAACCAGAGCCCCUGUGGCGACCCGUCACUGAAGAGGAAGAGGAAGAGGAAGGGGAGGAGGAAGUUCGAGCCACCGGCUCAGAGGUGUCUAAACCGUCUCAGCAGGACACGUCCCCGCCUUCGCCGCGGACGCUCAAGGCCAUCCAGGCGGCCAUGGGCGACAGCUCGGAUGAAGAGACGGUGGGUCCAGACGGGAAGGAUGGAAACGCGUCUCCACGUACGCUCCUCGCGAUCCAACGAGCACUAACUGAGGAGGAGGAGGAAGAGGAGGGUGAAGCUGGAGUCUCACAAGCACAGCCACGUCUCCGGCGACAAGUGGUGACCAGCAGCUCUGAGGAGGAGACGCAGCCUUCGCCCGAUGAAAGGCUUACGCACCAAGUCUUACACACGGAGGACAGCUUGCUCGGCAGCAGCUCCGAAGAUGAGCUGGAGGAAGCGAUCGGACGGAGAAAUAAAUCUUUCCGGUCCGCCGGACUCGGACAAAGUCCCAAAGCAGAGAAGGAGUCGCGGGAGGAGGAGCGCGGCAGGGGAGGGGAGACACCAGGAGGGCUGGAGCCAAGAGCAUCUGAGCGCCGUGUCCACGUUUCUGCCUCCAGCCAGGAGGAGUUAUCCGUCAGCCCUGCUUCGCUCCCAUGUGGAAAAAGGCCCAGCGCAGAGACGGAGGCCGAGCUUCCACUCUUCCCUAAGAGGAGGGAGGCGCUCCCCGCAGGCGCGGGGGAAACCGACGACGUGAAGUCAGAGAGGAGCGGGGAGAGCGACUCAGAAGAGAGCUUCAUCGAGGUGCCAGAGGAGGAACUGAAACAGGAGGGUGCAGCUGAUCCGGCCGGAGAAAAAAGCGUUUUAGAAGAGGUCCGGACAGACAAGACUAAAAAGGAAGACGAGUCAGAGGAACGUUCGACUGAAGCUCCUGAAAAUCCAGCUGUGGUUUCAGACAAGGAGGAGGAGGAGGGUAAAGAUGAGGAGGAAGAGGUGAAGGACGAAGAGGAGGCAGAAUCCAGACCCACAGCAGCAAACAAUGAGUGGGAAGAACUGGACAUGGGUGAGCUGGAGGCUCUGGAGAGCUCGCUGCAGCUGCAGCAGAGCGACCUGAGGGAGCAGAGACAGCAGCAGGAGCGAAUGGCCAACACAGUGACGGGCCAGAUGUGCCUGGAGAGCCAGGAGCUGCUGCGGCUGUUCGGCGUGCCGUUCCUGGUGGCUCCGAUGGAGGCGGAGGCUCAGUGCGCGGCGCUGGACCGCGCCGACCAGACGCACGGUACCAUCACGGACGACUCGGACGUGUGGCUGUUCGGCGGGCGACACGUCUACAAGAACUUCUUCAGCCAGAGCAAAUACGUCGAGCACUACCAGUACAGCGACCUCCAGAGCCAGCUAGGCCUGGACCGGACCAAGAUGAUCAACCUGGCGUACCUGCUGGGCAGCGACUACACAGAGGGCGUGCCGGGAGUGGGAUAUGUGACCGGCAUGGAGAUACUGAACGAGUUUCCAGGGCAGGGGCUGGAGCCGCUCGUCCAGCUCAGUAAGUGGUGGUCUGAGGCUCAGGAGAAGAGGCGUGCGACGGACGACCCCCGGGAUACGAAGGUGAAGAAGAAAGUGAGGGAGCUGAAGCUUCAGCCAGGCUUCCCCAACCCCGCGGUGGCUCAGGCGUACCUGCAGCCGGCCGUGGACCGCUCAGAAAGCUCCUUCAGCUGGGGCCGCCCGCAGCUCGACAUGAUCAAAGAGUUCUGUCUGAGUCGUUUUGGUUGGAGCAGCAGAAAGACGGAGGAAACUCUCCAGCCGGUGGUCAAGCAGCUCAACAACCAGCAGACUCAGCUCCGGAUAGACUCGUUCUUCCGCCUGGAGCAACAGGAAAAGCAGGCGAUCCGCAGCCAGCGACUCCGCCGGGCCGUCACCUGCAUGAAGAGAAAGGAGAGGGAAGGAGGGGAGGGUGGAAGCAGCGAAGAGGAAAGCCCUUCCCCAUCUAAAUCCAGAAAAGGAAAUCUAAAGAACACAGAUGGGCGGAAAGACGACGAGGGCCCCUCGACAGGUGGAGGUUUCUUAGUUCCAGAGUCCAACACUGAAUCUCCACUUACAUCCCUAAGGGAUGUCUGCGCUACGGGGCAGGGAUCCUUCACAGCAACAGCAGCUCAUCAGUCUCCUAAAAAACUACCUCAGAAGGUCAGGAGGAAGAGCAGCAGCAGCAGCAGCUCUGGGGAGGACAGCGAUGAAGGCGGGGAUGUGGCGAUGGUUACGGCCCGAUCUGUGUUCGAGGGCAGCAGACGAGGCCGGGGAGGAAAACGCGUCAGAGGAAGAGGAAGGAAGCUUUAGGAAGCUCAACUUUUACAUAAAUGUGCAUGAACUAUGGAUAAUAAAUGUGAAACCAACUGUAAAUAACAAUAAAUGAACUGAGACUGUUAUGCGAUAUGCAUUUUGUAUUGUUUUCUAGACUCUGAAGCUGCUGAGACUAUUAGGUUUCUUCUUUUAAGAUGUUGCCAUGAAAACAAUGUUAGUCUGCAUUAAACUUUUGUAUUUUUAACCCCACA